CCCCCUGCGGCCGCUAUGGCGCUAUCUAUGGUGUCGGCACGGGCGCACGACCGUCCAUCCGUUUCUUAUCCACCUCAUCCCACCCCCGGCCACACUUCUCCGGCCACGCCACGCCACGCCACGCCCUCGAGCCCCACCGCCGUGGGAUCCGGCGGCCGCCGCAUCCCGCCCGUCCGCUCCCCACCCCCAAACCCCUCUUCCCCCAUCUCGCCCUCCCCAAACCAAAGCCAGGCCAGGCCAGCCAGCGAGAGCCAAGCCGCACUGCCUCCCCGAGUCCUCCACUGCCACCGCCCGCUCCGCGACGCGAUGGCCGCGCUCCGCCUCGCCUCCUUCACCCUCCGCCCGGCCUCCGCGGCGGUAUCCCCCUCCUCCGGCGCGGCGCCGCGGUCCGCCUCCUUCGCCAGUGCGGCGCGGGGGCUCCCCUCGCUCCGCCUGGCCCCGCCCCGCCGCCGCGGGGACCUCGCCAGGCCCCGCGCCGCGGCCGACGCCGCGGCGGAGGGCUACGCGACCGCGCUGUCCGAGGUGGCCGCCGAGAACGGCACCCUCGAGAAGACCGUGUCCGACAUGGAGAAGCUGGAGAAGAUCUUCGCCGACGAGGCCGUCGCCGAGUUCUUCGACAACCCCACCGUGCCGCGCGAGGUGAAGGCCCAGCUCAUCGACGAGAUCGCCAAGUCGUCCGAGCUGCAGCCGCACGUCGUCAACUUCCUCAACGUCGUCGUUGACAACUUCCGCGCGGGCAUCGUGCCGCAGAUCGUCGCCGAGUUCGAGAACGUCUACAACGCGCUCAGCGGCACUGAGCUCGCCACCGUCACCUCCGUCGUGCAGCUCGAAUCGCAGGACCUCGCGCAGAUCGCGCAGCACGUCCAGAAGAUGACCGGCGCCAAGAACGUCCGCCUCAAGACACAGCUCGACCCGGAGCUCAUCGCCGGCUUCACCGUGCAGUACGGCCGCGACGGAUCCAACCUCAUCGACAUGAGCGUCCGGAAGCAGAUUGAGGAGAUCGCCUCAGAGUUCGAGUUGCCCUCCGUUGCCCUCGAAGUCUGAUCCGGCUUUAGGCGUCAAUCCUCGCCCUUGAAGCCUAGCUGCUACUCUCUGGGAAUUGUGAGAAUCAAGUGGGAAUGUUGGUCUUCUCCCCGUCAAACCUGCAGAUCAAUGGUGGUGGCUCAAAUACAUAUGGACGGGCAUUCUUUUCUGCAUCUCUCUUUCCAUUUCUUGGCGGGGAGCCUAUGCAACUCUUUUUCCUCCUAUUUUUGUGGUUGGCGCUGUAAUAUGUUUAAAACACGCAAGUAUAUAAGCUGAGUUUGCUCCUCCCCUCUGAAAUACAUACCCGCUGAUAGUGCUGCGGUUUGAGGAAGUUAGUAUAGGAUGCCUGUGAAUUGUUGUCCUUGUCCACCGGGAAAUAAGAUCAUGCCGCGUCUGCUUGC